AAUUGAAAGUUUUUUUGUAUCUACCAAGAACCUUACAUGUAAAACCUGUAGGACAUGUUUUCUAAGUGAGUUUUGUUGACACUUUUUUCUAUGGGCAAUCUCUUUUUUUGUAGUUCUUUGUAAGACUAUUCAAAAGUGGAUCAAAGUUUGGUUAUAAACUAUAACUUUUGAAAACUAUGAACAAUUUUAUCUUUUGUAGACUUUUUUUUAAAAUUAAUUUCUGUGUCUAAAUGUUAUUUUGAGUGCUCUUUUCAAAAAUAGGUAUAGAAAGAAUUUAGAAUUGUAUGAGGAUUUAUGUCAAACUUGGAAAAGUAAGUGAAAAAUACUGUUUAUGAAAACAUUUGGUAUUGAAAAAAGCACAUCUCCUAUUUCAGUAUGGUAGUUUGAGUUUUGAAAAGGUACUUGACUAGAAAUAACAUGCAGACUAAAACUAAAACCUUUUUCUGAUACGUCACAAGGCCUAGAGUUUUAACAUCAGUGGCACCAAAUUUUUCUGUUUGUUUAUUGUAGGUUCCCUUUUAUUGAAAGUUUCUAAAUAUCUUUCUACCUCUAUAUCUCUGUACACAUAUUUUUUUGUAUUAUCACAGUGGUAAUAGUAAUUAUAACUAAGUUAAAAUUGCACGAUUAUAGCAAGUCAAAGUCCCCUGGUUGUAUGUUACUUUAGUUGAAACCUUGGCUUGUAUAAAGUUGAGAUGACAUAUUUGGUCCUAGUAAAGGGCAUAUUACAAAUUACUGUAAAUGAUUAUUAGAACUGAAAAGAAGGGGAAGUAACUGAUGUAAAAACAACAACAUGAAUUAUUAUAUGAUGGAAGCAAGAUUAUCAAUUAUUACUAUUAAUCGUGUGUAAACGAAUCCUUUAGAAGAUCUUUUCCUUAGUGAUUCACUGCAGCUGGUUUUUAUCAUACUUGCAGCCUUGUCUGCAUCAUUGUACUUUGUUUUUUUGUGCUACAUGGUUUUCCAGGUAGUGAGAAACAUCAGUUUUAAACGUGCCACUCUACCCAGCAUGAGCAGCACUCGGAGAUUAUUUUAUGAGGGUAUCAUUUAUCGCUUCAACUUCUUGAUGUUGGCAACUUUACUUUGUGCAGCCAUGACUGUUAUCUCCUACAUCGUGGGACAGGUUAGUGAAGGCCAAUGGAAAUGGGAUGAAGAUUUAAAACUUGAGUAUACAUCAGCUUUCCUCACUGGUGUUUACGGGAUGUGGAAUCUUUAUGUCUUCACCUUGCUUAUUCUCUACGCUCCUUCACACAAGUCCUAUCCUCCAGCACCUGAGAGACCACCUUCAAGCCAGGAAGAAGUGGAGUUUAGUCGACUGACAACUUCUGAAAUUUCCCCUACAGAACCAUCCGAGAUGUCUUCUCUAACAGAAUUUGCUCGGAAGGCUGCACUGGAUUGAUCUUCUUUAUAUGGUGUAAGGUUUUUAUACCAAAAGCCUACUUAUCUGUUCUUUCCCACAAGCUGUGUGAAGUAUGUUUUAAGACCUGAAACUUAUUUUUAAAGUUAUGCUUUAAGAUGUUAUCCUCCUAGCAUGUCAAAAAAUAUGUUUUAACAUAAACUGGAUGUCAUUAAACCUGUUACUUGAAGAUUUUAGGAUCUGUUGGAUGUAAAAAGUAAGUUU